AUGGAUCAGGAGCCCACCGCACCGCCGCCGCCGAGUGUCCCGCUCGAAGUCGCGCCCGACGACACACUUGGCGGCAUCGAAGGCUCUCCCAGAGUCUACUCGGAUCCAGAGACCGCCCUCCGCUCGCAUCACCACUCCCAAUCGCUCGACCACGGCCUCGCCAACAGCGUCCACCAGCAGCACAAGUCCGAAGACAUGGAUCGCCAAGCGAGACACGACACUCCGCCAAUCUCGCAGCACCCGCAGUCGAUAUCGCGGCCGCCCUCGGGCCUUUCGGGUGCUGGCGAUAGGCAUGCCACACACUACAGCGACCAUGCCUCAAGGAGCAGCGGCGGUCAGCAAGAGCAGCAGCAGAAUGGCCGGAAUCAGGUAGUCAUCAAGGUCGGCAUGGUGGGCGACGCCCAGAUCGGCAAGACAUCGCUCAUGGUCAAAUACGUCGAGGGCAGCUGGGAUGAGGACUAUAUCCAGACAUUGGGAGUCAACUUCAUGGAGAAGACCAUCAGCAUCCGCAAUACAGAGAUCACCUUCAGCAUAUGGGACUUGGGUGGCCAGAGAGAAUUCGUCAACAUGCUGCCGCUCGUUUGCAACGAUGCCGUCGCCAUACUAUUCAUGUUCGACCUGACCAGGAAAAGCACACUCAACAGCAUCAAGGAGUGGUACAGACAAGGUCGCGGCUUCAACAAGACUGCCAUUCCCGUGCUUGUGGGCACAAAGUACGAUCAUUUUGUCAACUUCCCCAGGGAAGACCAAGAGGAGAUUUCCAACCAGGCUCGGCGGUUUGCCAAGGCUAUGCGCGCCCCUUUGAUUUUCAGCAGCACGAGUCACAGCAUCAACGUGCAAAAGAUUUUCAAGAUCGUGUUGUCGAAAGCCUUUGAUCUUAAGUGCACCAUACCAGAGAUCGAAAACGUCGGCGAACCGCUGUUGCUAUAUCAAGCCUGCUAA